AUGAGAUGCGUGUCCGCGCCGCCGAGACUGCCUCCGUCCGUGUCAGGGCCGCCCGCAACCGAGACGGAUCUUGCUGCAUCCAUGUCGCCGGGGCCGGCCGCCCGCGCCAACCUUGCCGGUGGGAGGGAGAUGGGCGGAUCGGGAGGGAGAGGCCGUGAGUAUGGAACAAUUUAUCUUGGUGACACAAACAUUGCAUACCUUGUAGUUGCCAAUGGGUUUGCCAAGGUAAAAGAGCAAGGUCGUCGUAAGGGUGACAACAAUCCAUAUACCACAGAAUUGCUAAGAUUGGAGGAAAAGGCUAAAGAUCAAGGUUUAGGUUGUUGGAGUAAGGCUUCAACUAGAAUUCUGCCAGCAUCGACCAACCCUUCUGAAGUAAAGGGUUUUUUUGCUAAAAUGAAAGGGAAGACCUUGGAGGCUAUUGUCGAGCAAGUCCGUGAUGGUAGUACCAUCCGAGUUUACUUGCUUCCUAGUUUUCAUUUCGUUCAGGUUUAUAUUGCUGGAGUUCAGGCUCCAUCUAUGGGAAGACGAGCAUUCAUUCCAAGUAUGGCUUCUCAAGCUGGAGCUACUGGAGAUGUUGAUGUGAACAGUCAACAACAACAGCUCAAGUACCUAUGGCAGCAGAACAGAAGCUCGUACCAUCAUCAUCUAGUACUUAUUCUGAAAUUCCACCAGAUAGGUUCGGUACGGAUUAUAUUGAGGGGCACAGACAGUUUUGAUAACAUGUUUGCUUCAGUGUAUUAUUGUGAUGGAAAUACUGAUAAGGACUUAGCACUUGAGCUUAUAGAAAAUGGGUUUGCAAAGCAUAUGGAAUGGAGUGCGAACAUGCUUGGGACGGAAACCAAACAAAAGCUAAAGAAUGCAGAUAUUCAGGCUAAGAAGGAACACCUAAGGAUAUGGACCGGAUUUCGGCCACCUGCUACAAAUACAAGACCCAUACACAACCAUAAAUUCACAGGAAAAGUCAUAGAGGUGGUGAACGGGUACUGUGUAAUUGUUGCUGGUGAUGUUGGGCCUUGUGGAAGUCCUUUGGCAGAACGCCGAGUUCAUGUCUCAAUGGAGUAUUCUAGGAGAAUCAACAUUGCAAAUGGACAAGUUGUCACUGACAAAACCAACCAAGUUGGCACCAGAGUUUUAGAUUAUGGAUCCGUCUUCCUACCUUCGCUGGUUGAUGGAACUGGUUCUCCUUCCCCUAAUAGCUCUAGCAACCCGCUUGGAGCCAAUGUGGCUGUGCUCCUACUCUCGCGAGGAUUUGCUGAUAUCACACGACAUCGGGACUACGAGGAGAGGUCACACCACUAUGAUGCACUCCUGGGGGCUUAUUCACGUGCUGAAAAAGCAAAGAAAGGAUAUCACUCCAAAAAGGAUUAUCCUGUGAUUCACAUGAAUGAUUUGACAACAGUUCCUGGAAAGAAGGCGAGAGAGUUUUUCCAUUUGUUGCAGCGAAAUAAAAAGCAUUCUGCUGUUGUUGACUACAUUUUUAGUGGCCACCGCUUUAAACUAACAAUACCUCAUGAGACAAGCACCAUUGCCUUUUCAUUCUCUUGUGUCCGGUGCCCUGGUAAAAACGAACCCUACUCAGAUGAUGCCAUUAGUUUGAUGAGAAGAAGGAUACUCCAACGUGAUGUGGAGAUUGAGAUUGAAGCAGUGGACAAGAAUGGAACAUUCUUAGGUUCCUUAUGGGAGUCCAAGACCAAUAUGGCUUCUGUUCUUCUUCAAGUUGGCCUAGCCAGACUUAGUUCAUUCGGACUCGACAGGAAUCCAUAUGCUCAAAAUCUCAUCGAGGCAGAAAAAACCGCAAAGCAGAACAAACUGAAGGUGUUGGAGAAUUACAAUGAACUAGAAGUCAUUCCCCAAGGAUCCAUGACUGAACAAAAUGGAAAAGAGAUUUUCAAGGUUAUUGUAACUGAAGUCCUUGGUGGUGGAAAGUUCUAUGCCCAUAUAGUUGGUGACCAUCGCGUGGACAACAUCCAACAACAGCUUGCUUCUCUGAAAUUCAAUGAAAUAUCAGAGACUUCUAAAGAUACCUCUGAUACGUUGGAAAAUCAAGAUCAAACAAUAAAUACUCAAACGGAUACUUUGGAAGUUAAAGUGAAGCCACAUAAUCAUGUGGUUCAUCCUCUUCCUGUUAGGUGGUCUAGUUUGUUUAAAGAUCACCUAAAUACUAUGAAAGGUGAAGUUCAAUCUGCUGAAGAGCCAAGCACUUCUAAAGUUAAAGAUCCAUCAAAUGAUAUUCCAUUUAAUCCAACAAAGGGAGAUGUGGUUUUAGCCCAGUUCAGCCUCGACCAUUCUUGGAACAGAGCCAUGAUUGUGAGUGAACAUCAGGGUCCCACAGAGAGGGAGUUCGAGGUGUUUUAUAUUGAUUAUGGAAACCAAGAGAUCGUUACUUACAUCCACUUGAGACCUGCGCCUGCGAAAUUUUCUAUUUCCGUGAUUCCUCCACUAGCCAAGCUGUGCAGUCUUGCAUUCGUUGUAGUUCCUGACAUAAUGGAUGACCUUGGCGAAAAAGCUGCAGGGUAUCUAAGAAUGCUCUUGCUUGAUAAUGAGGGAGAGUUCAAAGCAACAGUUGAAGAGCGCGGCAGUGUGGGAGCGAAGCUAGAAGGACAAGGAACUGGAGAAGUACUUAUUGUGAGCAUGUAUGAUGAAGAUGCUGAAAGCAGCAUCAGUGCUGCAAUGCUAGAGGUAUGGCAUUCUCACUUUUCUCAUUGA